AUGUCCAUCCCAGAGACCCAAAAAGCUGUCAUUUUCGAGACCAACGGCGGUCCUUUGCUCUACAAGGACAUCCCAGUCCCAAAGCCAAAGGCCAACGAGUUGUUGAUCAACGUCAAGUACUCCGGUGUUUGUCACACCGACUUGCACGCCUGGAAGGGUGACUGGCCAUUGGCUACCAAGUUGCCAUUGGUCGGUGGCCACGAGGGUGCUGGUGUUGUUGUUGCCAUGGGUGAGAACGUCAAGGGCUGGAAGGUCGGCGAUUACGCCGGAGUUAAGUGGUUGAACUCUUCUUGUAACUCCUGUGAGUUCUGUCAGACCACCUGCGAGCCAAACUGUGCUGACGCAGACUUGUCUGGUUACACCCACGAUGGUUCUUUCCAGCAGUACGCCACUGCCGACGCCAUCCACGCCGCUAGAAUUCCUCAAGGCACCGACUUGGCCGAGAUCUCUCCUAUCUUGUGUGCUGGUAUCACCGUCUACAAGGCCUUGAAGACCGCCAACUUGAAGGCCGGCCAAUGGGUUGCCAUUUCCGGUGCCGCCGGUGGUUUGGGUUCCUUGGCUGUCCAAUACGCCAAGGCCAUGGGCUACAGAGUCGUCGGUAUCGAUGGUGGUGCUGACAAGGCCGACUUCGCCAAGAGCUUGGGUGCCGAGGCUUUCGUCGACUUCCUCACCACCAAGGACGUCGUCAAGGCUGUCCAGGACAUCACCAACGGUGGUCCUCACGGUGUUGUCAACGUCUCUGUCUCCGAGAGAGCCAUGCAACAAUCCGUCGAGUACGUCAGAUCCACCGGUACCGUCGUUUUGGUCGGAUUGCCAGCUGGCGCCAAGGUUGUCGCACCUGUGUUCGAGUCCGUUGUCAAGUCCGUCAACAUCAGAGGUUCUUACGUCGGUAACAGAGCCGACUCUGCCGAGGCCAUCGACUUCUUCUCCAGAGGCUUGAUCAAGUGUCCUAUCAAGAUCGUCGGCUUGUCCGAGUUGCCAGAGGUCUACGAGUUGAUGGAGCAAGGUAAGAUCUUGGGUAGAUACGUUGUUGACACCUCCAAGUAA